CAACUGUCCUAAAUCUAGGACGCACUGCUAACGGCACAAAGACAAGAAGGCAGGCCAACCAACCAGGACACCAAGCAAGCAAGAAGGGAGCGAGUGAUGGUGGGUGGUGAGCUGUGUGGGUGCCUGCGGCUGCUGGUGUCUGUGUCCGACUUUGAGAACAUUGAUCUGUUUGAAAAGGGCACGUACUCUGUGCGCGUACGUGUGGUGAGCAACGCAGCUCGGCCGCAGCAGCUGCAACAGCUAAACAAGCCCAAAGGGGCGCACGCGCGCACGGAUCAGCAACACCACCCCCAGCACCAACAGCAACAACAACAACAGCAGCAGCCUCUUAGUUGCCCCAAUGCUGUGUCCACGCUGACUGGCCUUUUUGCCUCGUGUAAGGACAAGCGGCCGCUCAACACUACGGAUGCGCCCGUCCUUGCUGAUGCCCUACCCAUCGAAAGCCCACGUCGACGCAACCUCGCCCUCGAGUUUCGCUGUGGCCACUUUCCUGGCUCGGGCCGGCUUGUUCCAAGCAGCCCGUCGUCCAUCACAAUGGAGACCAAGACGUUUUUUGUCAAGUACAAGAGGGACUUUUGCCACUUUGACACAGCGCUGUCGUGCACUGCAUUCACGCCGCUACACCACCUUCUCAUCCCAAAUCACGCCCCCAUAUCCAUUGUGCUUGAGCUGCUGCUCGCUCGCGAGGGCGAUGGUGGCGACGACGCCACUGCAGCAGAGCAGGAUGUGCUGGCAACGCGAACCAUCAACGUGUGGGGGCUCUCCUGCCUGCAGCGCCUGUGGGCCGACACGGUGGAGUUUGACUUCCUGCACAUGUGCGGCGUGAAGGUGAUGGUGUCAUGUCUUCUCACGGGGAUAUGCGCCCCAGCGUCACCGUCUCGCCCGCCACCGACGCCGCAGCAAAUGAAACGAAGCGAGACACUGCAAGCGCAGCUUGAGGACGCCCUGUUGAACAUUGUCACGCCCUCAGAAACGGCUUCCGCCACACCAAAACCCAGCACGAACCCUUCUUCAUCAACACCCUCAGCAUCAGCAUCAAUGUCAUCAUCAGCAACACCAUCGACAGCAGAAGCGCCUGUGGUCCGCUUCCAUCAGCUCCGGGCGGCGCUCGCUGCUCUCCUCUCCUUCACCGUCACCGCCCUCGACUCGCAGCACGACGUGCACAGCAUGCAGCCGCUGCACGGCCAGACCGCAGGAUCCAGCACCCGUGCCACCGCCAACUCUUUACCACCACCACCAUCAUCAUCAGCCCCAACACCGGCCCACGUGAUCAGCGGCCUGGCCACCGCCCGCGGUGCGCUGUCCGGUAUGCUCGAGACACCAGACCUUGACGAGCGCGAUGAACACGUGCGCCCGCGACACCACACCGCCCUCGCUGCUACCGGUCGCAAUGAUGGUGGCGAUGGCAGCAACAGUGGUGGCGGUGGUGGUGGUGUGCCCAUGUACAGUAUUCGUGCCCUCACCACGCAGCUCGUGGACAUCUAUGAAGCCCUGGAUGACGCCGUGCUUGGGCUGCACGUGCUCGGUGCCCACAGCGCGCGGUUGCGCAAUUUGGCGACGCGUGCCUGCAGGCAACACAUGCAUCGGCUGCUGGCGUGCGGCGUGUAUUCGCGCGAUCUGCCCACUGGACAACUGGUCCUGGAGAGCGCAACGGAUUUUGGUGGACACAAGCCGGUGGACCUGGCACAGCUUGUGUUCCGGCAAUCAUCAGCCAUGUACACCAGCAACGCAGCCCUCCACCCAGUGUUUUCAGUUGCAGAAGACGCGACGCGGCCUGACGAGACGGCUGCGCUCUUCAUUGAGCGGCUGACGGCGCCGUGGUCCAGCCCGCGCUGCGCAACAACACGCGCAUCGUCUCUCUGUUCCACUCGUCCACAGACACCGCGCAAGGGCCCGCCCACACCCGCGCACGCCCCACACCGCGGGCAGCGGCAGGGUGAUGGGGAUUGGCAGCCAGAGCAUUCUGGAAACAGGAGGAGAGAACUGUUUUCAACCAACAGUGACAACGGUCGUGAUGAAGAUGGUGGUGGUGGCGAUGAUGGUGAAGGUGAAGGUGAAGAUGGCUCGAAGAUGAUGCUACUGCGGUCCCCAAAACACCACAUGUACGGGCGCAACACCACGGCCAAACUGGCAGACACUCGAGGCAUUGUCGACCUGGCAUACGACGACGACGACGACGAUGCUGGUGGUGUUGAUGUUGAUGAUGAUGAUGAUGAUGGUCGGGAAAGAGGAAGUGCAAGCCCUGAUGACAGUGUGUAUGGGUUUCGAGGGCUAGCAGAUUUGAACACGACGGUUGCCACGAGCGAGGCGGUGGUGAUGGCAAAUGAUGCGGGUGAAGACGACGACCACACUGGUGUGGAUGUGUUUGUCAGCACCAACCACUAUGACGCCAACAUCAACGACACCAGCGUUCUGGUCGAGCAGCACGAUGAUAAGAAUGACGACGACGACGAUGAUGAUGAUGAUGAUGGUGAAGGAGAAGGUGGUGGCGGCGACAGCUCUGCUGACGCGUCUGAUAUUGAUGUUGACGCCAUCAUUCUGAGCGGAGACCAAUCCGAUCACCAACCCCUCGUGCAAACCAACAACAACAACAACAACAACAACAACAACAACAACAACAACAACAACAACAACAAGUAUGGUGGUGGUGCACGGCGUGCGAGCGCACAUGACAGCGAUGCCGCUGGAUGCGGGUGCGGGAGUGGGCGGUGGCCGUUUUCGCGCAUUCGAAGUUCGCGGCGCAAGAAACGACACAACCGCAAGCAUGCCAACAACAACACCCACAAACACCAGCACCACCACAACCACGGCAACCACCACAGUCAUGGUACCCACAAUCAGCACUACCACCACCAUCGCGACCGCGAGCGGCAGCAGCGCGGCAACCCGUACGUGCACGGUGCGCUGCCAGCAACACCAGCACGGGAAGCAGCUGCAGCAGACGGGAUGGCCGUGUCACGCAGCAUCGACGGUACCAGCACCACCGCUGGACGGGAGGGCGAUGCGUCCACAGCCAGCCAUCAUCAUCACCACCGCCACCGCCACCGCCACCGCCAAGCGAGCACUGCAUCCGUGGCGUCUGCGGUGAGUUCAGGCGGGCGGCAGCGCAGGACUCCCAAACAGCUUCGCGGCGGCGUUUCAAAAGCUUCCUCCAGAGGUUCACUGCAGGAGCGCGUGCUGAUGACGUCACAGGUGCGUGACCCGGUAACGGCGGCGCUGGAGACACUGCCGCUCUCCCCGGCGGCUGCGGAUGUGUUGGCGGACACGAUGGCCCUCAGAAUGGCCCUGUCGGCGCCGUGUGUCACCCUGCCGUCACUCGAUGCUGCAUCAAACACGACGACAAGCGCCACCAAAGGCACCGAGACAGCCACUUCAACCACAACCACUUCAGCAGCAACAGCAACAACGACCACGCCAGACGUGAGCGCACAGCCUGCCAGCGCCAAUGCUGCUGACGUGCGGUUACAGCAAUUGCCGUCGGUGCUGCCGGGUGAUGUGUUGCGACAGCUGGACACGGGGGAGCGGCACCUCUUUGUGUGUGUGCACGGGCUGGAGGGUAACCAGUACGAUCUGCGCAACGUGCGGCUCAAGAUUCAGCAGUGGCUGCCUGAUGCAACCUUCCUCAUGUGGAGCGAUGACGACACACACAAGGGCAUUCCCCUUCUGGCAGAGAGCUUGAUUGUGGCGGUGGAGUCUGCCAUGCACAAGCACGACCCGAUGCACGUGUCCUUUAUUGGCCAUUCGCUCGGGAAUCUUGUCAUCCGCCAUGCCCUCUCCUCGCCUCGCCUCGCUGGUUUGUUCGAGGAUGGAGGGCACACCGCCAACAGCAGCAACAGCGACAACAACAACGACAACGGUAACGACGCUCAUGCAACAACAGCAGCGGCAUCAUCAUCAUCAUCAUCAGCACAAUCAUCAUCAUCAUCAUCAGAUUCGAAAGCAAGAGGCGAUUUGAGCCGGGCGCGGGCGAGUUUGCUGGACGGCGCUGGCAGCGCUGCCAAGGCCAAACUGCACACGUACAUCUCCUUCUGCGGGCCGCACUGUGGGGCGGUGUUCCUGUCUGGGCUCGUCAACACGGGUCUGUGGUUCAUGAGCAAGCUCACACGGUCCACCUCCAUGCCGCAGCUGCAGUUCAAGGACGCGCGCAGCAUGCGAGAUGCGCUGCUGUAUCGCAUGCGGAACCAGGGCAAGCUGGGCAGGUUCAGGCACGUUGUGCUCGUUGCCUCGCCACAGGACGGGUACGUGUCGCUGUCGUCGGCGCUGCUCACGCCGGAGCCAAAGGGCGGCAGUGGCACGCGCCAGGCCGUGUUUGAGGAGGUCCGCACCGCCCUGCUGCAGGAAAUGCUUGCAGGCACGAACACGAGCCUGUCGCGGUGCCAAGUUGUCUUUCCGCCGUCCAAGUCGCGGUUCUCGCUUGCGAAUGCGAUUGGGCGGGCGGCGCACGUGGCGCUGCUUGACUCGGAGCGGUUCCUCGCCAAGUUUGUGCUCGCCCAUCUCCACUGCCUCGUCAGGGAGCCAACCACCACCCAGCGCGCAUCCUUUGUCUAAUCGCCCGUGG